AUGGCACUCGUGGCUCCUCCCACUGCUUUUGACGAACGUCGCAUUAGUCGCAAACUCACAAUCAACAUUGAUCAACACGAAGUCAAUGUGCGCCCCAUCAUCAAGGGUGCUAUCAAAGAAGCUGCACAUACGUUGACGGAAUCCAGCGAGGCUCCCAAUUAUGAUCAUAUGUAUACCCUCUUCAAAGAUAUGGUCAACACAGCAUCGAUCCAAAGCCGUGAUUUCGCAGUGCAAGUGGAUGGAUGCAAGGGUGUACUUGUAUGGACAAAUCAUCACCAGGGCUUCCCUUUCCCCAUUGUAACCAAGCAAUCGUCGCCAUCCGGGUUCAUCAAAGUACUGCGUUCUACUGUCAACAAAGCACACUCGUCAAUCGCCUCUUCCAUUGACAAGACACGCCGCAAGGUCAUGAGCAAAUACUCACAAUACAUCACCAUUGGCUACAUUGGCGUCCUACCACACGAACAACGCAAGGGUCUUGGUUCGGCAUUGCUCCAUUACGUUACCGACAAGGCUGAUGAGGCUCAACAACCCAUUUGUGCACAAGUUGCUUGCAGUGGUAAAGCUGUACGCUUCUUUGAAAAGUUUGGAUUCAAGGUCGAGGCUACGGUGAAGGGUGCUGAAGUACCAGCUUGCAUCAUGGUGCGUGAACCUGUUGUUACCAGUGCUGCACCAGAACCACGUCCUCUUCGUAUUCGCCCUGGUCGUCGUAUCUCUGACUAUUGA